UCACUUUCAUUUUUGCCAUGACCGACCACAAGAUCACGUCGCUGCCGGGGCUGAACGCGUCCGUCCCCUUUGACCAGUACGCGGGCCAGCUCACACUGCCAUCGAACGGCCAGCGCAUGUUCUAUUGGCUCGUCGAGGCCGAGGAGAGCCCGUCGACGGCACCGCUCGUGCUCUGGCUCAACGGCGGUCCCGGCUGCUCGUCCCUCAUCGGCUUCUUCACGGAGCUCGGUCCGUUCGUUGUGAAUAGCGACCUCUCGCUGAAGCGCAACCCGUAUGCGUGGAACCGCAAGGUCAACAUGGUCUUCCUCGAGUCGCCGGCAGGCGUCGGCUUUAGCCAACCCAUUCUCAACACGACUGACUACAACGACGACGUGACAACGGCGCGCACGUACGAGUUCCUGCAGCAACUCUUUGCCAAGUACUCCAAGUUCACCAACCGGGACUUUUACAUUACGGGCGAGAGCUACGCCGGCAUGUACCUUCCGUGGCUUGCCAGCAAGCUCGUCUCGACGCCGCUGGCCUCCGUGGCCUUCAAGGGCUUUGCGCUCGGCAACGGCUACACGGACGAAACCAUCGACGGCAACUCGUACAUUGACUACCUCUACACGCACGCGCUUCUUUCACUCUCCGACUACUCGGCCAUCAACACGGCGUGCCCGGGUUCUGGCAUCGCCGAGUGCCAAGUGACCGAUGACUGCCCCGCCAAGUGCAAGACCACGAUGAGCUCUGUCCUUGACCGUGUCAACAUGACGGCCAUGAACGAGUAUUACAUCUACGGCGACGUAUGCCUCUUCAGCAACAUGGACCAGGUCGCUGCGUUGCGCCCGCGCAAUGACAUUCGCCCGAUGCACCGCGGCGUCUACGGUCCCUGCGCCGACCUGUACACCGACGCCUACUUGCACCAGGCUACCGUGCACGCCGCGCUGCACCUCCCGGCGUCUGAUACUGUUGUGCCGUGGGCAAGCUGCAACGACGCUGUCAGUGACGCCUACACACGGUCGUCCUCGGCGCUCGCCAAGUACCCCAUGAUCCUCCAGGCCGGCCUGAAGGUGCUUGUGUACAGCGGCGACGCGGACUCAAACGUCAACUUUAUGGGCACGCAGCGCUGGCUCGCCAACGAUGGCCUAAACUUGUCCGUCGAGAGCAAGUGGAAGGCGUGGUUCGGCCCGGACAAGCAGCUCGCGGGCUACACGGAGGGCUACACCAACCUUACGUUUACGACGAUCAAGGGCGCGGGCCACAUGGUGCCGGCGACGCGGCCUCUCCACGCGCUCUACAUGUUCGAGUGUUUUAUCUUUGGCGACGACGUCUGCAAGUCGUUCACGUACCCUGUGGACGACCUCGAAUACUUGACGGGCGCUGUGACGUCGACGGACGGUCUCUCGCUCUGGCAAGCGCACACGUCGCGCGAUGUCGGUGUCUUCUUGGCUGUGGUUGCGAUCGCCGUGCUCGUCUUUGGCACUGUGCUUCGCGGUGUGCGCAGUCGCAAGGCCCAGUACACGCGCAUUUAUACGUAG